AUGACGCCGGCCGCUUUACAGCUUCCAGAAUCCUUGCUCGGCGUCUCCUCGACCCCACCAAGCGCCAUGAGCGAUGCUGUAGCGAUGAGCAAGAGUCCCGGCUUGAUCCGGCGUAUUUCUCGUGGCGCCGCCAACAAAUUGACGCGGCGCCGUCCGUCUUCUGUAAACCCUAGUCGACGAGACCGCAGUACCGGUCCCGUCAUCAUGCGUCGCCGAAGCGACAGUAAAGGUGGGCCAGAUACGGUCGCCAGCGCAAUUGAUUUGGGGGUGGAAGACGGUGACGAAGAGGCAGUGGAUGACGAACACAUUCCUAUGGGACCUGAGACCAAAUCACGUUCAGCUCGUCCCUCUGCCGCUGCCUAUGUUUCGGAGCUUACAACUGAAGGAGGGAUCGCUCCUGUCAUACCUUCUGUGCUCCUCCUAGGCACAACUCUUGUCAAGGUCACAAAGAAGAAGAGAAAAACUCUCAAAUUCGUCCUUGACACGGAUUCAGCCAAGGUCUACUGGGACCCGUCGAGACCUGCGAAAAGGUUUUAUAUUGAUGACGUCAAAGAAAUUCGAACCGGCGCGGAUGCUCGCAAUUAUCGAGAAGAAUUUCAGGUGCCUGCAGAGCAGGAAUCAAGAUUCUUCACCAUCAUCUAUUCUGAUCAUGACAGAUCUAAAGGCCGUCCUAUCAAGACCAUGCAUCUUAUUGCACCAAACGACUAUGUCUUUGACUUGUGGACAACCACGCUCGAGAACAUCUCCCGCUACCGAAUCGACAUGAUGGCUGGCGUGGCCGGAAUUGGCGAGAAGAAAAUCCGAGCUCAUUGGAGACGCGAAAUGCUGAAACUAUUUGGCACGGCGCCACAUGCCGAGGAAGACGAGAAGAUGGGCCUCGAAGGGGUGGAGAGACUUUGCUGGAGUCUGCAUAUUAAUUGUUCGCGAGAACUUAUUCGAGCCCAAUUUUUCAAGGCAGACAAGCACAAGACCGGCUAUCUUGACUAUGACGGGUUUAAGGAUUUUGUUCGCUUACUCAAAGAGAGGCGAGAUGUUCGAGAGCUUUACCAGUCUCUUGUCCCCCAAGGUGUCGAUGGUUUUGACCUUUCUCAGUUCCUUGGCUUUCUGCGCGACGAGCAAAGGAUUGAUGUCGAAUCACGCAGAUCCGAAUGGGAAAAGAUUUUCGAAAGACUUGCUAGGAAGAGCAAGUGUCGGACAUUGCAGCAGCAAGACGGAGGAGAUACGGCAGAGUCUCGAAUGGACUUUGAUACAUUUUCAGCUUUCCUCUCUUCAGCGUACAACUCAGUCUUGGAGAUUGGUGAUCCAGACGCGAAGCUGACUCGCCCUCUGAAUGAAUACUUCAUCUCAAGCUCCCACAAUACUUAUUUGCUAGGGAGACAGGUCGCUGGCGAAUCGAGCCCUGAAGCUUAUAUUAGCGCUCUUCAGCGCGGCUGCCGCUGCGUCGAAGUGGACUGUUGGGAUGGUGCGGAUGGUCGUCCUGUGGUCUUGCAUGGCCGAACAUUGACGUCGAAAGUGCUCUUCUCUGAUUGUAUAAGCGUCAUUGGAAAGUACGCCUUCGUAUCUUCUCCUUAUCCUCUGAUCAUCUCUCUCGAAGUCCACUGUAACCCCGAGCAACAAUUGGUAAUGGCGGAGACGAUGAAAUCAAUCCUGGGAGAUCGAUUGCUUCUUGAGCCAUUCAUGACGAACUCUUUGCUCCUUCCGUCUCCCGAGGAGCUCAAAUAUCGCAUAUUGAUCAAAGUGAAGGCUGCGGAUGAGCCCGACGACACUCAACUCAUGCCUGAAACUCCAGCGAGGAGGCAACGAAGCUUUAGCUCGCCGUUUACGCGCCCAGUAUGGAUUGAUAACUCUCAGAUCCCUAGUCUACCUCUGAUACCAAGCGGGUCAUCGAUCACUCCCUCGGAUCGUUCUUCGUCUCACACUGGCCCUGGAAAAGGCUCCAUAACUGGAGGGACUGGAACUAGUACUAGCAGCGCUACCGAUGAUAGCGAUACCGCCACUGGCAGUCACAAUUCUGAAAAGAGGGAAAAGAGGAAAAGAAGCAAGAUCAUCAAACCUCUAGGUGAUCUGGGAGUCUACACCCGUGGGCAGAAGUAUUUCAGUUUUGCGCUACCGGAGAGCAAGAGCUACAAUCAUGUCUUCUCUUUUGCGGAACGUACCUUUGAAAAUCUUUGUCGAGAUCAGGAUAAUAAAUCGCAACUCGAAAGACAUAAUAUGCGCUACCUCAUGCGGGUGUACCCGUCUGGUUAUCGGAUCAGCUCCUCCAACUUUGAUCCCAACAAAUUCUGGCGUCGAGGCGUACAGAUGGUGGCUCUCAACUGGCAGACGUAUGACUUGGGCACUCAGAUGAAUGAUGCCAUGUUCGCAGCCGGUAUUGACCGGACCGGUUACGUCUUGAAACCCAAGGAGCUUCGGCAGUCAAAAUUGGCUCUGGAAUUACUCGACACACCUGACGCCAUCCGUACCAAGAAACAUAAGAAGGUGGUUAGAUUCUCCCUAGAUGUCAUCUCUGCUCAGCAGCUUCCGCGGCCUCGGGGUAUGAGCUCCGAGGAAAGCAUCGACCCAUAUGUUCAGAUUGAAAUCUUCAGCGCGGAUGAUAAAGCCAAAGGUAUUGCAUCAGGUGAAGGUGGUUUGGAUGCAUCGGCGCGGAAUGGCAUGUCCGGUAUCGGCUCACCUCAUCGUCGUCGUACCAAAAUCAUUCAAGGCAACGGUUACAAUCCCAUUUUCAACGAUACUUUUAAAGUCUCCCUUGAGACAAAAUUUCCUAGCCUUAUCUUCGUUCGCUGGACUGUCUGGAAUUCUAAUGACGGUCGAAACUACAACAACAAUGGAGUUGCUCUGGCUACGUUCACUGCCAAGCUAAGCAGCCUCCAAGAAGGAUACCGUCAUCUUCCAUUGUACGAUUCGAACGGCGAAGAGUUUUUGUUCUCAACACUAUUCUGUCGUAUCAAGAAGGAAGACGUGAUUUCCGUGGAAAGGGAGGACGAGAAAUCGGGCCGAGUAGCGUCAAUUCGUCAAUUUGGCCGUUCUGUUUUUGGUCGCACGCGAUCCGUGGAACGCAAACCUAUCAUUGAAGAGGAUCGGUAA